GGGCGCCUUGAAUAUAGGAAAAAGAAGCGGCGAGAUGGUGCGCAGUUCAUCUUGGUAAAUCAGCAGGGGCAGCGAGUCGAGAUAGAGAAAGCAAGGCAAGGAUGUCAGGAGGCAUCGCGCGUGGCCGUCUCGCCGAGGAGCGAAAAGCCUGGCGUAAGAAUCAUCCCCAUGGUUUCGUGGCUAAGCCAGAGACUGGUCCGGACGGUUCCGUCAAUUUGAUGGUGUGGCAUUGCACCAUCCCUGGUAAGGCUGGGACUGAUUGGGAAGGGGGCUACUUCCCACUUACUUUGCACUUCAGUGAGGACUACCCUAGCAAACCCCCUAAGUGCAAGUUCCCUCAAGGUUUCUUCCACCCUAAUGUCUACCCAUCUGGAACUGUAUGUCUCUCGAUCCUCAAUGAAGACAGUGGUUGGAGACCUGCCAUUACAGUGAAACAAAUUCUAGUGGGCAUUCAAGACUUGCUGGACCAGCCCAAUCCUGCAGAUCCAGCACAAACUGAUGGGUAUCAGCUCUUCAUCCAGGAACCCGCGGAGUAUAAAAGAAGGGUGCGGCAACAGGCCAAGCAAUAUCCACCUCUUGUCUAACUGAUGCUCGCCCUUGCUAAAUACAAUUAGCUCAUUAGUCAGCAGUCCCCUGUAUUUAUAUGUAAUACUUCUGUUGAGAUUGCGUGCAACUUCUAUUUGCAAUGGUCCUAGUGGACACUCAGAAAUGACAAAAGCUUUCUGGGUGCCUUUUUAAGUGGUGGAUAUCUAUAAUUACACUUGUUUUGUGUGACUAAUAUGGCUGAUGUGGUUACUUCAGGAUUUCUGAGUUUCACUAGAAGUCUAAGACAAGCACGUAUAAGAUGAUAGACAUUAUCUAUUUUGCACA